AUGCGCGAAGAUUGCCUUGGUCACGAGGUUGACGAGGCGAAAGAGCAGGAUCGAGGUAUUCGGCUCUGCAUCGGAAAUGACGAAUUCAGCAGGGCUCAGAAUCUGGCACUACUUUUAACCUCAGCUAUUGAAUACUGCUGGCGGUCUGACCAAAGGACACAAUCUAUGUGGGUAGAGGUACGGGCUGAUACUGAAGGGGUUUUAGCUUGCUUGCAGAAUGAUGGCUUCAUUCAAAAUAGCAAAGUCAAAGUCUCGCAUGAGCAUUAUGUUAUCAUGGAGUUCGCGCGAGACUCUGAGGUAGUCGUGAGAUCUGCUUGA